AUGUUGAAGAUUUGGUCUAUGAAACAAAAACAGCAGCAAGCUGAAAACGCCGAUGGCGGCGCUGCAAAGAAGAAGAAAGUCACUGCUGCGCAGUUGCGUGUCCAGCGAGAUUUACAAGAACUCUCACUCGGCUCAACCAUGAAAAUGACCUUCCCCAACCCCGACGACAUCCUCAACUUCACCCUAACCAUCGAACCGGACGAAGGAAUGUACAAAGGCGGCAGCUUCAAUUUCACAUUCAGCAUCAACCAAAACUUCCCUCACGACCCGCCCAAAGUGAAAUGCACACAGAAGAUAUACCACCCGAACAUCGACCUCGAAGGAAAUGUGUGUCUGAAUAUCUUGAGGGAGGAUUGGAAACCAGUACUAAAUCUCAAUGCGGUGAUUGUGGGGAUGCAGUUUUUGUUCCUGGAGCCGAAUGCGUCGGAUCCGUUAAACAAAGAGGCUGCGGAGGAUUUGAGGCUUAAUAGAGAAGGAUUUAAGAAGAAUGUGAGGAAUUCGAUGGCUGGUGGAAAUGUGAAGGGGGUAUCGUUUGACCGUGUUUUGAAAUGA